AAAUAAUUACAUUAAAAUUGCAAUGAAUCGUUUCACUUUGACAUUUGCAUUUCUUCUCUCAACAGUCUCAGCAAUUACCGCUUUAUGUUUGGCACAUUUACCAGUUCCAAAUGCUUUGGUGGCAUAUAAUUUGUUAUCACCAAUACCUGAUCUUUUUCAUAAUACUGGUUCAAUGGCUGUAUUAUCAUGUAAUUUGGGAUUUGUCGUAAAUGGUUCAUCAAUUACAAAAUGCACCUCAAAAGGCAUUUGGGAACCAAAAUUGGGAUCAUGUGUUGUAAUCUCUGAUACGUUAUCUAAUUCUUCGGCAUCAAAUUUCAAUUUACCUUGUGAUCCAGUGAAUAAUCAUCAUACAGUGGGCAUUGUAACAUAUAUUCCGAAUUCAAAAUUGGAAAAGUUUCAAAAAGGUACUGUAGCAUUAUUAACAUGUCCAUUUGGGCAAAGAAUAAAUGGUGGUGCAACAUAUGCAAUCUGUCAGGAUGGUAAAUGGUCAGCUAAAUUGGGUAGCUGUGAAGAAGCCAAGUUGAAGAUAUUUUUUUAA